AGACUAUUAGUCGAUUUAUGCUCGCAAGUCAUCACAACGUCUCUCUCGCUGUCGCACAAUUACAACUCUCGCUUUCUCCCUCCCUGCUGCUGGCCUCAGCCUCGCCUCUCUCUCCUCUUACUCUCCCAGCUCCGCUUCCACCUCCCGGCCUCUUGCGGCGGCCUAGCUAAGCAAGCUCUCGCUAGCGGCGCCCGGCCAUUAUAUAUAGCUCAGCUCGCCUGCAACUGCCAAUCUCAGGCAUCAAAUCUAGCUAUAAGCUACGCACACCUAGCUUGCUCUUCUAGCUCAACUAAGCUAUUAGUACUAUAUAAGCUAGCUAGAUAGCUGCACUGCAAGUGGUUGUAAUUUGCAACCAUGUCGAGCAGCCGGAGGUCGCGCUCACGGCGAGCCGGGAGCUCGGUGCCGUCGUCGUCGUCGUCGUCGAGGACGUCGAUCUCGGAGGACCAGAUCGCCGAGCUUCUCUCCAAGCUUCAGGCCCUGCUCCCGGAGUCUCAGGCUCGCAAUGGCGCCCAUAGGGGCUCGGCGGCGAGGGUUUUGCAGGAGACGUGCAGCUACAUCAGGAGCCUGCACCAGGAGGUGGACAACCUCAGCGAGACGCUCGCUCAGCUGCUCGCCUCCCCCGACGUCACCAGCGACCAGGCGGCCGUCAUCAGGAGCCUCCUCAUGUGACCGAUCGCCACCGACCAUGCAUCUACCGAUAGCUCGGCGCAUCCGUGGCUGGCCGUUAGAUCGAGCAUGCCUGCGGCUCAACUACUAGCCCCUCCUGCUGAACAGAACUGGAGUAUUUUAUAUUUUCAGAGAACAAUUAAGUGAUAUAUAACUAGCUAGCAAACUAGUACUACUACUAGGAAGCGAUAUAUCUGUGCCUUCUUGUAAGUUGAUAUAAUUUGCAUCGUGAUGACUGGUUUGGUUAGUAGUAAAUCCAAAUUAAGUUUGGAUGGCGAGAGGUUUGCGAAGUUGCAGAUCGAUCGAUUCAUGCAUGUCUGGAGACAUGAUCGAUCAGUGCUUUUAAUUAUAAGAGGACAGUAGAGUGUACUGCUAGCUAGUCUAGUGAGAGCUUCAUGUUUCUGUACUUUGAAAGGCUAAUGCGUGUUGUUUAAUGCAUGGAUGCUUUAUUAAUUUGAUAUUUGACAUUAAGCAGCAGAUCGAUCGUCGAUCGGUUCUUUUCUUGAUGGGCCACGCAUGCAUUAUAAUUGCAGCUCUCUCUUGGACGUGCUGUUGUAUCCUGUGUUUUUAUUUUAGCUGAAUUUGGACCUUUUCUGAAUUA